UUCUGUUAUUGACGUUUGGCUCCGACGAUUUUCAGCGUCUUCUGCAAAGCCGCUCACUAUUUUCUAUUGGAUUGAAACCUUCAAAAAUAACGUUUUCCCCAUUAACUUUAUUGCCAGUUAUAAGGAAUUUUAGUUAUACUCAAAUAUCUGGCCACAUCGAACCAACAUGGCUCUUACCAAACCAAAAUCAGAACUGACACCGGAAGAGCUGGCCCGCCAGGAGGAGGAAGAAUUCAACACCGGACCGCUGUCGGUGUUGACCCAAUCCGUGAAGAACAACACUCAGGUACUAAUCAACUGCCGUAACAAUAAGAAACUGCUGGGUCGGGUUAAGGCCUUCGAUCGUCACUGCAACAUGGUUCUGGAGAACGUUAAGGAGAUGUGGACCGAAGUUCCGCGGACUGGCAAGGGCAAGAAGAAAGUCAAGCCUGUCAAUAAGGAUCGAUUCAUUUCGAAAAUGUUUCUCCGCGGAGAUUCUGUCAUUCUGGUGUUGCGAAACCCUCAGGCCACGGCAGCCGGAAAGUGAAAUCUUCAGUGAAUACGAACCGAUAUAGUUUUAAGAUUUAUUCAAUAAGAACGAAUGCGUAUUUGAAAUAAACUGAAUUUCCAAAAUCAAA